UAUAUCUUUAUACAGACGGAGAAAACGCUCUAAAAAGCCUUUGGACAAUCCCCAGUACGUUAAUGGAGGACAAGUGAACGAUGUCAUGGCUAUGGCAGAUCUGCAGAACGAUGGCAAUGAUGACGAUGGCAACAUCUAUGUCAACGUUGCGAACGCAACGCAACUUGCCAUAGGCGACCCCGUCCCUGCUGACCGUCUUGAGGAGGUUUUCAACGAUAGACACGCCAAUGAUGACCAGAUAUUCCGCGAAGAGUAUGGCUCCAUAGGAGACAAGACAUCCAAUCCUCACGAAGAGUACCAGCGACCUGAGAACUACGAGAAAAACCGAUUCAAGAACAUUUACACCUACGACCACUCGCGCGUGGUUCUCUCCACCAUAGAGGGAGAAGCUGGCAGUGACUACAUCAAUGCUAACUACGUUGAUGGUUAUAAUCACUCGAAGAAGUUCAUUGCUGCACAAGGGCCUUUGGAGACAACAGUUGAUGACUUCUGGAGGAUGAUAUGGGAACAGGACACAGUUACUAUUGUCAUGGUCACAAAUCUGGUGGAGAAAAACAAGCGAAAAUGCACGCAGUACUGGCCCAUCCGGGACAACAGCAAGUAUGGGACUAUCCUGGUGACGUUGGAGGACACUACCACUCUUGUGGACUACGUCAUCAGGACAUUUACCGUGAAACUGACCACAGCAAACAGCCCAGCCCGUGCGGUGACUCAUUUCCACUUCACCAGCUGGCCUGACCACGGGGUGCCGCAGAGCCCCCUGGGAAUGAUGAAGUUCAUCCGGCGGGUCAAGACCAGCAACCCUCGCGGGAGGGGACCGAUCGUCGUGCACUGCAGUGCGGGAGUUGGGCGUACGGGAACCUUCAUCGCCAUAGAGGCCAUGCAGGAGAUGAUGGCUGCCGAGGGGAGGGUGGAUGUGCACGGCUUCAUCGGGCAGAUGAGGCACAACCGACACUCCAUGGUCCAGACUGUGGACCAGUACGUGUUCAUCUACCGCGCCCUGCUGGAGCAGCACCUUUACGGAGACACGGAGGUGGAGGUGGCCAACAUCCACAGGCACAUGCACAAACUCAAGGCGCCAUCAGCCGACCCCAACGAGAUGGGAUACGAGGCGGAGUUCAAGAAGCUGACUCGUAUCCCAAUCGACCGAGACAACAUGCGGGCGGCCAACGAGCCUGCAAACAAGAGCAAGAAUAGGGUCGUGACAACUGUGCCCUAUGACACCACCCGGGUCUUCCUGCCCCGAAUCACCGGGGUUAAAGAUUCAGACUACAUCAACGCCUCUUUUAUAGACGGUUAUCGCCAGAAGGACGGUUUCCUGGCGACUCAGGGCCCGCUGCCGAACACUGUGGACGACUUCUGGCGACUGGUGUGGGAAUGGAAGUCCUACUCCAUUGUCAUGUUGACGAGGCUGACGGAGAAUGGCAAGGACCAGUGCCACCAGUACUGGCCGGACGGCAGGGCUGAGUACGGGAAGAUUAGUGUGGAGCUGAAGGAGACGGAGAAGUGCCCCUCCUUCAUCCUGCGCACCUUUCACGUGGGGCACACCGAGAACACGGGGCCCCCAUUUCGAGUGAUUCGCCAGUUCCACUUCCGUGACUGGCCGUGCAAUGGUGUUCCAGAAAACGGCGGAAAAGUCUUGGAUUUGAUUGGCAAGGUAGAGAAGCAGCAGCAGCAGUCUGGGAAUGGACCAAUCACCGUGCACUGCAGUUCCGGCGCAGGUCGCACGGGGGCGUUCAUCGCCCUGAACACUGUCCUGGAGCGGGUGAAGGCUGAGGGGAUCUGUGACUUGUUCCAGACGGUCAAGUCGAUGCGGUACAGCCGACCGCACAUGGUUCAGACUGCCGACCAGUACCUGUUCUGCUACCAGGCGGUCGUGGAAUACCUGGACAGUUUUGACAACUAUGCGAAUUUCCAGUGAUCAUCUACCCAUUCUUUUCUUCUGUAUCAGUUUAAAUGUUAGGGACAUGUACCGACGACGUUUUAAUUUGUAGAUUUGUUAAAGAAAUCUUGAAAAUAACCUCUAUACUAAAUAUAAUCAAAACUGAGUAGCUCUGCUUCGAAUGAUAUGGUCCUAUGUAACAGCGACGAUAUAUUUUCUUUGAUACAUUUAUGGCGAAUAUAUUACCUUUUGGGUUAUUUUUUUUACAUAUAUGUCAUGUCCUUUUUUUGUAUAUUUUUCUGUAGGUAAGAAGAUUCCACAUUAUGUUAUCUGCUUAAUUCUCUUACCUGCAUGCCAAAACAAUGUCAGCUCUUUGUCAUCCUUAAACCGAGAAAAAACUUCAUCUUAUCAAGCUACUCCCCGGCGCGCUGGCUUAUAUUGCACUAUAAAUGAUUCAAACAACUUACAGCUUUUAAACAGUAAGGUCAAGAACAAUUGAUGAAAAGCCCAGACAUCCAAGAAUAUCUUAAAGGUAUUUAUUACGCACAAAACUGAUGUGUACAUGGAUAUAGGCGGCGCUUCCAUGGUGUUACCUGGGCUCUUUGCGCGCCGGCUACAAAUCAACCAUUGUCAUAUCAACUCGUGUUUUGGAGACCCAAAAAGUUAUUAUGAAUAUAGGUGUAGACAUAUGGGCCUGUUUGGUCCUGUGUUCACUGGCUUUGGGCCUAAUUUAUUCUAUAUUUACGCAUUUUACAACUUCGUAGUAUAUACCCUAUGAGAGCCCAAUCUGCAGUACCGCUCUCGGCCGCGACCUGAAAAGUGACUAAGACGACCGUCAAAUUGCCAUAUUUCGGUCUUUUCGGGAAUGGGGAAAUCGGGAAAGGCUCGCAAAGGGUUUGACAUUUUUUGGCUUGUUUGACUUUGUUGUCCAUAAUAGAACUAUUUAAAGUAAAAAAAAUGCACUAUCAUACACAUUUCAAUCUUAGACAAAUAGAUAUUAGGUCAUAAGUGAUACGUUUUCUCUGUAUUUUACAUACAGUCUGAAGUAGCCGAGCUGCCUGUAAAUUGCCAUGCUCUAAAGGGCUACAACACGUAAAUUUCCAUCCCUUUGUUAAUAAAAGACGACGAUAUCCAAUUCAGCAGUGUAUUGUCUGUCUAUCAAUAGUUUUUCCUUCAAAAUGCUGUAAUGUGUGUGGAUUACUUAACGGUGCAAUACGCAGAGGAGUAGCACUUAUUCAUAAGGUUUAAAACUCUGACAUGCAUUUCAUCAAGAUAGUUUUGCUAUAUAAUCCAGUGCUAGUUGUGAAUCUUAUGUAUGACUUAAUUCACAUGUCUCUAAAGUAAUGGUUUGGGUUUCAACAUUGUUAAUUGUCAUAUCCCUUGAUUCCUUGCGUGAGUUUUCAAUAUGAACGUUGAUAUUAAUGUGUAUUCUGACUUUGA